GUGGCUGCGGGGACCCGGAUCUGCCAGACUCUACCCGCGUCCUGAGAAGCCGGCGGAACAGGAACAUCUGUCUCAUUGGAGACUAUGGAUCAAUAUGAUGUGAUUAAGGCCAUCGGGGAAGGUGCUUUUGGGAAAGCAUACUUGGCCAAAGGGAAGUCAGAUGGCCAGCACUGUGUUAUAAAAGAGAUCAACUUUGCGAAGAUGCCUAUCCAAGAAAAAGAAGCUUCAAGGAAAGAAGUCACUCUUCUGGCAAAGAUGAAGCAUCCCAACAUUGUAACCUUCUUCAAUUCAUUCCAAGAGAACGACAGGCUGUUUAUUGUGAUGGAGUACUGUGAUGGAGGGGAUCUCAUGAAGAGGAUUGGUAGACAACGUGGAGUGUUAUUUAGUGAAGACCAGAUUCUGAAUUGGUUUAUACAAAUUUCUCUAGGACUAAAACAUAUUCAUGACAGGAAGAUCUUACACAGGGAUAUAAAAGCACAGAAUAUAUUUCUUAGCAAGAAUGGAAUGAUUGCAAAGCUUGGGGACUUUGGUAUAGCAAGAGUCCUAAAUAAUUCUAUGGAACUUGCUAGAACUUGUGUUGGAACACCUUACUACCUGUCCCCAGAGAUCUGUCAGAAUCAACCUUACAACAACAAAACGGAUAUUUGGUCUCUUGGCUGUGUCUUAUACGAGCUCUGCACACUCAAGCAUCCUUUUGCAGGUGACAACUUACAUCAGCUAGUUCUGAAGAUUUGUCAAGCCCAUUUUGCCCCAAUAUCUCCAAGGUUCUCCCACGACCUCCAAUCCUUGAUAUCUCAGCUCUUUAAAGUAUCUCCCAGAGAUCGUCCAUCUAUUAAUUCUAUUUUGAAAAGGCCCUUUUUAGAGAAACUCAUUGCCAAGUAUUUGACUCCUGAGGUCAUUCAGGAGGAAUUCAAUCGUACUCUCUUAAGGAGAACAAGACCAUCAGCUUCUCGACCUGUUGGAAAGGUGGUCCCAGAUGCUAAUAAACAGAAAGUGAGAUUCCAGGGGAAGUGCCUGUACCUGCCAAGAUCAAGGAACUCUGUACCAAUAAAAAAGAAGGAAAAAUUACAUAUAAGGGAAUGGAGACCUCCCAGUGGCUCUCAGAAGCCCGUAUCUGUAAAAGUGGUCGAAAAACCCAAACUUGCUGCUGUGUGUGGACAUUAUGAUUAUUAUUAUGCUCAACUUGACCUGUUGCGACAGAGAGCCGAAGCACCAAGAUACUACUAUGUUCCUCAAAAAGAUGCUGGAUCUGAGGCUUAUAGUCAGGAAGAGAGUCACACUCCAUCACUAGGUCAAUGGCCUGCUGAAUACCUUCAGAGAAAAUUUGAAGCUCAACAAUACAAAUUGAAAGUGGAAAAACAGCUGGGUCUUCGCCCGUCUUCCGCUGAGCCAUGUCACAAGCAGAGACGUACCAGAGAUGAUUCUAGAUGCCAGGAGCUGCGGCUCAGGACAAAUGAAAUGAAGGAACAGGUUAAAAACAGCCAGACCAGGGCUGUCAAUCUAUGUCUGCGGUCACCUUUUGAGGACUCAAAAAUAAGCCAUAAAACCUAUUUGGUGAAGAAGAGUAACCUGCCCAUCCACCAAGAGGCACCUGAGGAAGACACACCUGUGCAGGAUAUUGAAAGAGACUUGAAACAGAUUAGACUUCAGAACAUAAAGGAAAGUGUAACUCCAGAACAGAAAUAUAAAACUAAGAGAGGGAUAAAGUUUGAAAUUAAUUUAGACAACUGCUUUUCUGAUGAAAACACCCUCCAAGAGGAAGAGGCAAUGGAUAUGCUGAAUGAAACUUUGACCUUUGAGGAUGGCAAGAAGUUUAAGAAAUACAAACAUAUUAAGGAGCACGAAGAUUAUACAGACAAAGCAUGUGACAAACCCUGUCACCCAGAAGCAGAAUUGUUCAUUCAGGAGGAGGCUGCUGCUGCUACAGAAAACAGAAGACAGUGGGAAGCCAGAGCUCCUCAGACUUUGCUGUGGAUGAUGGCGGAGUCUGAAGUCACUUCCACCUGCCCCACCACUCCCGAGGAUGGCCAGGUAAUAGUAAUCGGAGGUGUCUCUGAAAAUAGGAAACAGUGGCAGCAUGAAGCACCAGAAACUUUAUUGAGUGAUCUGGCUGCAGCACAGCUCGCAACUAGCUCAUUUUCUGUCAACCCAGGAGAACUUGUGACAACUCUUAAAAAAUGGCUUCCUAAAGCAGAUGAGAGAAUGAUGGAAAUGGCCUCUGGCACUGAGGUGGGCGAAGAACAGUCAGAACCGAGGUUGGAUGAUGAUGAUGAUGAUGACGACGAUGAUGACACAAAUUUUGAAGAAUCUGAAGAUGAGUUGAGAAAUGAAGUAGUUGAAUCACUGGAGAAACUUGCUACUUUCAAAAGGGAAGGAAAAAGAGAAGAGGCUUCUGGUUCCUGUAAGGAUGAAGGAAAGUUAGAAGAGAAUCAACAAGUAUGCAGAAAUAUGCAGAAGUAAAUGAAGAUGUGAUGAAUAUUUCUACUCUACCUGAUAACAAAAUUUGUAUUUUUGAUGAUGACCAAGAUACAUCAAUAACCAGUCAGAAUACACAAGUGUAAUUAUUAUGAUUUUUCUUAAGUACUAAGUUAGUAUCUAUUAGUUGUAGUAUUAUCUGGUUGGGUACAAAUCCUAAAUAUUCAUUUAUUGUAGGGGCUUUCAAGUCAUCCCAAAGAUUUGUUAAUUUUUCUAUUUAAAUAUUUUAAGUGUAGAAAUUAAUAUUUUACUAUAUAAAAUCAUAGAAAUUAAGAUAUGUUAGAGGGAGAGUAAUGUGUCCCCAAGCAUGUGAUUAUAUUGUUAUAUGGCAAGGGGGAAUAAUUAAGAUUACAGAUGGAAUUAAGGCUGCUAAGCAGCUCACCUUAAAAUGGGGAGGGUUUUUUGAUUAUUCAGGAGGUCCCAGUGUAAUCACCAGUUUCAGAAGUCGUUAGAAGAGAGAACCCGCCUGAUUUGCUGGCUUUGAAAAACAAGAAGAGUCAAAAGCCAAGGAUGUAGUGGCCUCUAGAAGUUGGGGAAGAGAAGGAAAUGGCCUUGCUCUGAAGCCUGCAGAAGGAACAGAGACCUGCCCACACCUUUUUAGCCUAGUGAAAUCUAUUUUAGAUGAUAUGAUAAUAAAUCUGUUUUAACUAAGCUUGUAUAAUUUGUUAAGAUAGCAAUAGAAAGCUAACACAUUAAAAAAGAGAAAGCUAACACACUAUACAACAAUGGGAUAUCUGUUUGUUUUUUGUAUUGUCAACCCCACUCAUAGGUAUCUACCCAAAAGACACAAAAACACUGAU